UGUAUUCCAGAUUUAAGUAUUUAAAUGAAACAUUUUCCAUCUAAAAAUAUCAAUUGCUCAUUUUCAAUCCACUAUUUAGUCGUUUAUUGACCUAAUUGAGUUUAGAGAAAAUCUGAGCGAUUGUAAAGUUCUCAGAUAGGUUGUUGAGAGCGAACUUUGAAUGAUAUUAUGGAUCCAUUUUGAGCUGCGGUAUCUACUCGAAAUAAAACGCCAAUGGAAACAGAAAACGGCGCUGCUGAUGAAGCUUCUCAACUUGGCCAAGAACUAUUGCCAUUAAAAUGCAAAAAGGAAAACUUUUCGUCAGCGUCGACUGGAAACUUAGAUUCUCUUGUCGGCAUCGAAGAAGCUCUCGAGUAUUCGGGUUUCUCUUUUCGCCAUGUAUUAAUACUCUCGGCUGUCGGAUUAGUGCUUCUUUCGCUGUUCGCUCAAAUUGAGAUGAUUGGACUUUUAGCAACUGAAUUGUUAUGCGAGUUCAAUCUCAGUCCAGUGCAGGAAGCAUUUCUGACGUCAGCAUUUUUCACUGGAAUGAUUUUCGGAGCACUUUUGUGGGGUCAUCUAUCUGACAAAUAUGGCCGCAAAAGAGUAAUCCAGCUGUGUUCGCUAUUCGCCAGCAUAACAGUUCUAGCCAGUAGUGUCACACAGUCGUUCACAGACACUUAUUUGCUCCGCAUUCUGGUCGGAAUGUCAAUGGGCGGGUUCCAUGUUUGCUACACAUACGCAACUGAAAUUGUCGGGUCAACUCACAGGGCAAAAGCUUGUCUAAUUUUGUUCAUUUUCCAGUACCUCGGAGCUGUUUAUGGAGCUGCAAUUGGGUUAAUAACUGUUACAGAAAACAAUUUAGGCUGGCGGUAUUACGUGCUAAAAUCUUCGCUUCCGAUCGUUCUCGGCUUAGUUUCGGUAACAAGUAUAUGUCCCGAAAGUCCGAGGUUUCUACUCGUUAAAGGCGAAACAGAUAAAGCUACCAAAGUUGUCAAAAUAUUAAGCUCAAAGCCAAAUUCUGACUUGAAAUUAGCAUCAAUUAUGAAAUCAAUUGGUGAUAUAGGAUCAUGGAAAGACCUAAUCGCGACGCCAUCUGACAAGAUGCUCCUAGGAGUUUUGUCUUCGUUGAUAUUUCUGAUACGAUUCUUCAAUAUUGGAGUUGCUCUUUUGUUUUAUGAGAACUUGCAAAAUCCUUACGCUUCAGAUUGUAAUGUUUUAGUUGAGACUUACAAAGAAUCUGGAGGUUGCGACCGUCUGAAGAAAAACGAUUACUCUCUUGAUAUUUUAUUCAGUUCUUCUGGGAUAUUUGGAGCAUUAUUUUAUUAUUUUCUGGCUGAUUACUUCGGCCGGCGAAAAGCAAUGGCAAGAUCGUUAUCCUUUUCGACUCUUUGCAUGUCGACUUUCUAUUUCUGCAUGCCAAAUUAUUCACGGACAAUUUGUAGUUUAGUCGUGAAAAGUUUUUGUUUCACGACUGAACUUGUGUUUAACCUUUACAUUAAUGAAGUUUACCCUACGUACUCACGAUCAGCGGCUUCUGGCUUUACAGACUGUUUUUCGAGACUUGGGCUUGCGUUAUCGCCCCUUAUUUCCCAAUAUUUGGCAAAAGAGAGCUACCCAUCGUCCGUUAGUGUUUACAUUGCUUCAGGUGUUUUGGGAGUGGUGAUUAUUCGGUCUUUGAAGACAGAAACAAGAGCUCAACUCCAGGAUGACGUCUGGAAAAAAGCUGAGAAGAAAUAGAUGCUACAAUAAUUUCGGAGUAGUAACAGAAUUGUGAAAACAUAUGCGACCACUAUGACCAUAUGAUCCAAUUUUGAAUUGCGUAUCUCAUGAGCUUUUAUAUAAAAGUACACUCAGAAAGAUAACCCGGUACCGAUCAAAAUUUAGCUAAAUCUAGGCUGUUUCUAGCUAGAAAAAUUCUCUUACUGGGUAUCGAACUCACGACCUCCCUUUGUUUGACCUGAUAGUUUGUUUGCUGCGUGACCCGAUAGUUUAUGAUAGUUUUAACAACCUAAUGAAUAGCAAAACUUGUUAUAACAAGUGUUAAUUUGCAUUGUAUUGCUACGGCUAUUAUGCAUAUCUCACAUUGUGCUAUAGUCAUAAGCAUGUUUAUCUCGUUGCGGUUCUGGUUAUUUCUUCUCAGAAAUUGUAUAUUUCUAAACUAAGAAAGAAAUAGAUCAAUUCUGUACAGAAAAUACUAAAACUUCAGCUAGGUAAUCUAUAUAACAUUUCUAACUAGAAAAACAGCCUUCGCUAGCUACGAUAAGGUUAUCAGAACG